GAGUUUCCAUUUGGAAAACGUCAUUUUCGGAGCAAGCGGUCUUUUUAUUUUUAUUCAAAGCGCAUCGUCCAUCUCGCUAGAUUUCCGCAUCCCCAUAGCCAACGUCUUUUCGCCUUUUGCCCGUCGGCCUACGAGUGCCCUCCAACCGUCCAAUGACUUACGCAAAGGUUAAUGACGCGUACGGCAGCAGUGAGUGGGCUCCGCCACAAGGUGUUCCGCCUUACCAGCAAGCGGCUGGUGGACAGCCGUAUGCCCAGUACGGAGCCCCCAGCUACCCUCCACAAGGCUACCCAACUUCAUACAGUCAACAACCUCAACCUGCAUACGGUCAACCCCCACAGGCGCCGUACGGUCAGGCCCCGUACGCACAACCAGCUCCGUAUACAACGCCUUACAAUGCACCUUCCUACCCACCGCCAGCAAAUCCGCCACCACCGCAGUCGGUUGGAAACAGCGGGGAAAAGUUUAAUAAGGAACCAAAGUACAAGGAUUUGUGGGCUACAGUCCUGUUUCUUCUCACGCUCCUUGGAUUCGCUGCUACCGCUGUCAUUGGUAUCAAGAAUAUCCACCUAAGCUCGGGCAAUAGCCCUGAAAACCAGCCAAACAAUGGCAGUAACAAUAAUUUCGUGGUUCCUCCUCCAAAGGAUAUUGCUGGUAUUCUAAUUUCUGUUGUUGGAGGUGGAUUUCUUAUUAGCGCAGUGUACUUUCUCCUCAUGCAAAAAUUUGCCGGAAAGCUGAUCAAAGUAUCCAUGGUUUUAACCAUUCUCGUCAUGGUCGCUCUUGGGGCAUAUUAUAUUGUUGCGGGUUCAACCGCGGGAGGCAUCAUUGUUUUCCUCAUUGCAGGCUUGUAUGCCUUCUUCUUGUGGUCAUGGAGGUCUCGAAUUCCAUUUGCAAAAGUUCUCUUGAAAACCGUUACAUCGAUCACUGGCCAAUACCCAGCAACUCUGUUUGUGGGUUUCGUUGGAUUGAUCCUGGAAACUGCUUUUACGGCACUGUGGAUUGCCAGCUUUGCGGGCAUGAUGCAGUAUUUCGAUAGCGACAAGGCUAGCAAUGGACUCCGAUAUGUUACAGUUGUGUUUAUGCUGUUUGCGCUAUACUAUGUGACCCAAGUCAUUUCAAACACAAUUCAUGUUACUAUCUCGGGAUUGUUUGCCACCUAUUACUUCAUGGGUACUCGCCAGCCGGAUGGAAAAGUUACUGUACCCGUACGGAACCCGACCGCUUCCUCAGCAAAGCGUGCCGUUACCACGAGUUUUGGGCCUGUCUGUUUCGGAAGUUUGAUCAUUGCACUUAUCCAAACGAUCCGGGCGUUGCUCCGCAUGGCAUCACAAUCUGCGGCUGAGGACGGCAACAUUGCUGGUGCUUUGUGUGCUGCCUGUGCCGGAUGUUUCUUGAGCUGCAUUGAAGGGUUGGUGGAGUACUUUAACAAGUACGCGUUUGUGCAAGUUGCAGUUUACGGCAAGGAUUACAUUCGUGCUGCAAAAGACACUUGGGAGCUUUGCAAGUCUCGUGGUAUUGAUGCAAUCAUCAACGACAGCCUUGUUGGGUCCGUGCUCACCAUUGGCGGUCUGCUGGUCGGAUUCAUCUGCGGUUUCGUGGCUUACCUCUACGUCCGAUUCUCUCCCAAUAUCCCAUCGGAUGGGCUGCACUAUGGCGUCUUUAUCGCCGUGGCCAUUCUGAUUGGCAUGUCAGAGUUUUUCGUGCUUUCAACGGUGAUUGACAGCGGUGUCACUACAACGUUUGUUUGUUUGGCGGAAGAUCCCGCUGCUCUUUAUCGCACCAAGCCGGAAUUGUAUGAACGAAUCCGGCAGGUGUAUCCUCAAAUUGCGUUCCCAGUGUGAUCGGAGGAGAAAGGAGGAGGUUAUUUAGAUUGUGUGAAAUGCUCAAUGUUGUUUUUUUGGAUCCAAUUCUAUCCGUAGUGUUGUUGCUGCUGCUACUUUAAUUCAAUAUCUUCAAAGUUGGUCGCCAGCAUUUUAAAG